AUGGGCUUUUACCUGCCCUGUGACGGGGAAGGAAGUAUCAUGGUGCUGAUGCGCUUGGUGUCAGGUCCUGCUGACAUAAGGCUGGUGAAUGGCCCUGACUCCUGCACGGGCCAGCUGGAGGUGUUGUACAACGGCACCUGGGGGACAGUGUGUGAUGACCACUGGGACCUCGACGGAGCCCGCGUGGUCUGCCGGCAGCUGGGCUGCGGGAUGGCACUGUCGGCCGUUGGCGGGGCUCGCUAUGGGCAAGGAGUAGACCCCAUCUGGCUGGACAACGUAUGCUGCGCCGGGACGGAGGCCACCCUUUCCGAGUGCCGGGCACAGCCCUGGGGAGCCCACAACUGCAAGCACGGGGAAGAUGCCGGCGUCGUGUGCGCGGGUGAGGAACAUGUACCCACCGUCCGUCUGGUGAAUGGCUCCAGCCGCUGCUCAGGGCGAGUCGAGGUCCACCACAACCAGAAGUGGGGGACAGUGUGCGAUGACAACUGGGACCUGAGCGAUGCCGAGGUGGUGUGCUGGCAGUUGGGCUGCGGGCUGGCUGUGUCAGCCCCUGGCAGGGCUCCAUUUGGGCAAGGACACGGUCCCAUCUGGCUGGACGAGGUGAACUGCACAGGGACGGAGGGUGCCAUCACUGAAUGCAGCUUCAAGCCCUGGGGAGCCCAUAACUGCCACCAUGGUGAAAAUGCAGGUGUCGUGUGCUCAGGUAAGCCUGACCCCAAGGAGCUACGGCUGGUGAAUGGCCCGAAUCGCUGUGCUGGGCGCCUCGAGGUGCUUCACAACCAGCAGUGGGGGUCUGUGUGUGACAACGGCUGGGACAUGAAGGAUGCCAAAGUGGUGUGCCGACAGCUGGGCUGCGGCGCUCCGAUAUCUGCUCCAGGCUGGGCUAGGUUUGGCAGGGGCUAUGAUCCCAUCUGGCUGGAGACAGUCAGCUGCAAAGGGACAGAGACUGCCCUUACCGAGUGCGGAACCCAGGUGUGGGGCAUCCACAACUGCCACCAUGGGGAAGACGCCAGCGUGGUGUGCUCAGGUUUUCUAGACCCGAUGGAAAUUCGGUUGGUAGACGGACCAAGCCGCUGCUCCGGGAGGGUCGAGGUGUUUCACCAGCAGCAGUGGGGGACGGUGUGUGACGAUGGGUGGGACCUGCGCGAUGCCGAGGUGGUGUGCCGGGAGACGGGCUGCGGGGCGGCGAUGGAAGCCCCAGGCUCGGCUCGCUUUGGCCGGGGACGUGAUCCCAUCUGGCUGGACGAGGUGAACUGCACGGGGAGCGAGUCCGCCCUCUCCGAAUGUGGGGCCAAGCCCAAAGGAGACCCCAAUUGCUACCAUGGAGAAGAUGCUGGCGCAGUGUGCUCAGGUAGCUGCUCUUCCUCUGCUGAGCCUGCCGAGGUGCGGCUGGUGAACGGCUCCAGUCGCUGCUCUGGGAGAGUUGAGGUGCUGCAGAGCCAGCGAUGGGGAAGUGUGUGCGACGACGGCUGGGACCUGGACGACGCAGAAGUGGUGUGCCGGCAGCUGGGCUGUGGGACGGCCGUCGCCGCUCCACCCAGAGCUCAUUUUGGGAUGGGGCCCGAGCCCAUCUGGCUGGACGAUGUGAACUGCACGGGCAGCGAGGCUGCCCUCUCCGCGUGCAGGGCCAGACCCUGGGGAGAAAGUAACUGCAACCACCAAGAAGAUGCCAGCGUGGUGUGCCUGGACCUGGUUGCUUGCCAGUGGGUUCCCAUCCGCCUGUCAGACGGCCUGCACCGCUGCACCGGCAGGGUCGAGGUCUUCUAUCAGAACCAGUGGGGAACGGUGUGCGACGACAACUGGGACCUGGAGGAUGCUGGCGUGGUGUGUCGGCAGCUGGGCUGCGGCACGGCGGUGUUAGCCCCUGGAGCCGGGCAUUUCAGUGCAGGGUCCGGUCCCAUCUGGCUGGACGACGUCAACUGCACGGGGACGGAGGUCGCCCUGUCUCACUGCACGGCGAAGGGCUGGGGGAAGAACAACUGCCAUCACGGUGAAGAUGCCGGCGUGGUGUGCUCAGGUAAUGCCCUUCCUGCAGAGCUUCGCCUGGUGAAUGGCCCAAACCGCUGCUCUGGAAGAGUAGAGGUGAUGCACGACCACCAGUGGGGAACCGUGUGCGACGAUGACUGGAGCUUCCCCGAUGCCAGUGUGGUGUGCCGGCAGCUGGGCUGUGGGACAGCGGUCUCAGCCUACAGCGCAGCUCACUUUGGCCAGGGAUCAGGCCCCAUUUGGCUGGACAACGUUCAGUGCAGUGGGACUGAAGCUGCUCUCUCCGAAUGCCUGGCCAGACCUUGGGGUGUCAACAACUGCGACCAUGCAGAGGACGCCAGCGUCGUGCGCACAGCCACCAACACACCAGCUCGUCUGCGCCUGGAGAACGGCCCUGGCCGCUGCGCGGGGCGCGUGGAGGUGCUCCACCACCAUCAGUGGGGGACGGUGUGCGACAACAGCUGGAGCAUGGCCGAAGGCCGGCAGCUGGGCUGCGGGACGGCCGUCUCAGCCCCGGGCUCGGCUCACUUCGGGCAAGGGUCCGGUCGCAUCUGGCUGGAUAACGUGAACUGCACGGGGACAGAAGACGCCCUCUCCGAAUGCCAGGCCAGGCCAUGGGGAUCCAACAGCUGUGACCACCGGGCAGAUGCUGGCGUGGUUUGCUCAGGUGAUCCACACGCGGACACUUCGGGGCAGCGCCUGCUGCGGCUGGGGGACGGCUCAAGCAGCUGCCUAGGGAGAGUCGAGGUCCUUCACGACCAGAAGUGGGGGACUGUGUGUGACGACACCUGGGACCUCAACGACGCUGCCGUCGUGUGCAGGCAGCUGGGCUGUGGGAUAGCGCUGACAGCACCGAGCUCGGCUCAUUUCGGACCAGGGUUGGAUCCCAUCUGGCUGGACGGUGUUCACUGCACGGGGACCGAGUCCUCCCUCACUGAGUGUGAGCUGAGCAACUGGGGAGAGCACAACUGCGGCCACAGCGAGGAUGCUGGUGUGGUGUGCUCAGGCACAAACCCCUUGCAGCUGCGGUUGAAAGAUGGUCCUGGUCCCUGUGCAGGGAGGGUGGAGGUGCUCUACAACGCAACCUGGUACGGGGUGUGCAGCAGCGGCUGGAGCUUGCUGGAAGCAGGGGUGGUCUGCAAGCAGCUGGGCUGUGGGCCAGCCCAGUCAGCACCCAUCGGAGCCCAUCUCAGCCAUGGGAACGGCCGUGCCUUGCUGGAGGGGCUGAGCUGCCGGGGAACCGAGAAUCUGCUCCUGGAGUGCCAGCAGAGAGAGAUGGGUCCAGGGCCGUGCAGUCAGGGCUCGGCAGCCAGCGUGGUGUGCACAGAGAAGGAAGGCACAGCCGCUGAGAGCCCAGGAGGGUUCCUUCGUCUGGCAGGAGGCCCCGGCCGCUGCGCCGGGCGGGUAGAGGUAUUCCACAAUGGGACGUGGGGGACAGUGUGUGACGAUGGCUGGGGCUCCCCCGAGGGCCGGGUUGUGUGCCGGCAGCUGGAGUGUGGUACGUUGCUGUCGGUGGCACCGGGAACUCGCUACGGAGAAGGGACAGGUCAGAUCUGGUUGGAUGAGGUCAACUGCACCGGGGAGGAAGGGACCUGCCGAGCCAGGCCGUGGGGAGAACACAACUGUCACCAUGUGGAGGACGCCAGCGUUGAGUGCUCAGAAUCCAGCAUCACAGCCCUGGGCACCCUCCAGCUGGUCAACGGCCCCAACCGCUGCGCCGGGAGGGUGGAGGUGCUCCACAACCACAUGUGGGGGACGAUCUGCGACGACGGCUGGGACCUGACGGAUGCGGCGGUGGUGUGCCGGCAACUUGGCUGUGGCACGGCGCUGUCAGCCACCAGAGGAGCUCGCUUCGGUAGGGGCCACGAUCCCAUCUGGUUGGACGAGGUGAACUGCACCGGCACUGAGGACACCCUUUCUGACUGCCGGGCCAGUGCGUGGGGGGUCAACAACUGCUUCCACGGGGAGGAUGCUGGAGUGAUAUGUUCAGGGAGCUCAGAAGCCCUGCGGCUGGUGAACGGCCCGCACCGCUGUGCCGGGAGGGUGGAGGUCUUUCACAACCAGCAGUGGGGGACCAUCUGCGAUGACGGCUGGGAUCUGAAAGACGCGGCCGUGGUGUGUCGGCAGCUGGGCUGCGGGACGGCCAUGUCAGCCCCAGGUUUAUCUGGGUUUGGGCAAGGAUCUGGCCCCAUCUGGCUAGAUGGGGUGCGUUGUCGUGGGACGGAAGCCACCCUUGCUGAAUGCGUGGUCAAGCCUUGGGGACACCAUGCAUGUAACCACGUGGAAGACGCCAGCGUUGUGUGCUCAGGCUCGGGGAUUGCCAGCAUCCCCAGGCUUCGCCUCGCGGGUGGUCUGAGUGAGUGCGCUGGGAGGGUCGAGGUGUUUUAUAACAACGAGUGGGGGACGGUCUGCGACGACAGCUGGGACAUGAGCAACGCGGCGGUGGUCUGUCGGCAGCUGGGCUGCGGGGCGGCCGUCUCGGCCCCCGGCUCGUCUCGGUUUGGGUGGGGAGCCGGCCCCAUCUGGCUGGACGACGUGAGCUGCACAGGGAGGGAAACCAACCUCUCCGAGUGCCAAGCCAAGGCAUGGGGCAUCCACAACUGCCACCACGGAGAGUGCCCUGCAACCACGUGUCCACCUAUUCUCCUCUCCAUAAAAGCAGGCAACUCCAGCUCGAGCGACCUGCGGCUGGUGGAUGGGCCACACCGUUGUGCCGGGAGGGUGGAGGUGUUCCACACUGGGCACUGGGGAACGGUCUGCGACGAUGGCUGGGACGUGAACGACGCUGCUGUGGUGUGCAGGCAGCUGGGCUGCGGCAGGGCCAUGGCAGCCCACAACCGGGCUCGCUUCGGGCAGGGGACGGGGCACAUCUGGCUGGAUGAUGUGGGCUGCAUCGGGAGUGAGGACGCCCUUUCCCAGUGCCGAGCCCGUCCCUGGGGACAGAGUAACUGCAACCAUGGAGAAGACGCCGGCGUGGUGUGCUCAGACGCCGGCGCAAACAACACAUCGAUUGUCCGGCUCGUGGAUGGCCCACAUCGCUGUGCCGGGAGGGUGGAGGUCUUUCACAACCAACAAUGGGGGACAGUCUGCGAUGACGGCUGGGAUCUGAAAGAUGCAGUGGUGGUCUGCUGCGGGGCGGCCAUCGCGGCCCCAGCACAGGCUUCGUUCGGGCGAGGGCUGGAUCCCAUCUGGCUGGACAAGGUUGCCUGCCUUGGCGUGGAGAACACCCUCGUGGACUGUCGAGCCAGGCCCUGGGGAAUCAACAGCUGCACCCACGAAGAGGAUGCCGGCGUGGUCUGCUCAGGUGAUGCUCAUUCCUGCAGGGUCCGCCUGGCAGAAGGACCGAAUCGCUGCAGUGGGAGGGUGGAGGUGCUCCACAACGGGCAGUGGGGAACGGUCUGCGACGACGGCUGGGACCUGAACGACGCUGCUGUGGUGUGCAGGCAGCUGGGCUGCGGCAGGGCCAUGGCAGCCCACAACCGGGCUCGCUUCGGGCAGGGGAUGGGGCACAUCUGGCUGGAUGACUUGAGCUGCAUCGGGAGUGAGGACAACAUUGCCCAGUGCCGAGCCCGUCCCUGGGGACAGAGUAACUGCAACCAUGGAGAAGACGCUGGCGUGGUGUGCUCAGGUACAUGCCAUCCUACGCAGGUCCGUUUGGUUGACGGCCCGAACCGCUGCGCCGGGAGAGUGGAGGUGCUUCACCAGCAGCGGUGGGGGACCAUCUGUGAUGAUGGCUGGGAUUUGAGGGAUGCCAAGGUGGUCUGCCGGCAGCUGGGCUGUGGGACAGCCGUGGCGGCCCCUGGACAUUCUCACUUCGGGCAAGGCUUGGAUCCCACAUUGCUGGAUGACGUGGAGGGCACUGGGCUGCCCACCAUCUCCCAGUGCAGCCUUAGUGGCUGGGAAGUCCAUAACUGCAACCAUGAGGAAGACGCGGGAGUCGUGUGCUCAGACCUGCCUGGACAAGGUCCUAUCCGCCUGGUGGAUGGCCCCAACCGCUGCUCCGGGAGAGUCGAGGUGCUUCACAAGGACGUCUGGGGGACCGUCUGUGAUGACCUGUGGGAUUUACGGGAGGCAAGGGUUGUGUGCAGGCAGCUGGGCUGUGGGACGGCUGUAUCGGCCCCUUGGAAUUCUAAAUACGGGGAAGGGAAGGGCCAGAUCUGGCUGAGCGACGUGAACUGCACAGGGACAGAAGCAUCCCUGGCUGAAUGCAGGGCAAAGCCAUGGGGAGACAACAUCUGCAACCAUGUGGAAGAUGCCAGCGUGGAGUGCUCAGAAAUACCUGAGCCAGGGCCAAUCCGGCUGGUGGGAGGCCCGAAUCGAUGUGCUGGGAGGGUUGAGGUGCUUCAUGAAGAACAGUGGGGCAGCGUGUGCCAUGACAGCUGGGAUCUGAACGACGCUCAAGUUGUCUGCAAGCAACUGGGCUGUGGGGAUGCGGUACUGGCCCCCACUAAAGCCACGUUUGGACAAGGGUCAGACACCAUCUGGCUGGAUGAUGUGAACUGCACAGGGACGGAAGCUGCGCUCUCUGAGUGCCCGGCGAGGCCAUGGGGAGACCACAAUUGUUACCACAAGGAAGAUGCCAGUGCAAUUUGUGCAGGGAUCACCGUCUCUACUUCGGUCCGCCUGGUUGGUGGCCCCAACCGCUGCUCUGGGAGAGUUGAGGUGCUUCACAAGGAUGUCUGGGGGACCGUCUGUGAUGACCAGUGGGAUUUACGGGAGGCAAAGGUUGUGUGCAGGCAGCUGGGCUGUGGAACGGCAGUGUCAGCCCUUCCAGAGUCAAAAUAUGGGGAAGGGAAGGGCCAGAUCUGGCUGAGCGACGUGAACUGCACAGGGACAGAAGCGUCCCUCACUGAAUGCGAGGCAAAGCCAUGGGGAGACAACAUCUGCAACCAUGUGGAAGAUGCCAGCGUGGAGUGCUCAGGUAACCCUUCCUCCAUCCCUCUCCGGCUCGUGGAUGGCCCGAACAAGUGUGCUGGGAGAGUCGAGGUGCUCCAUGAGAGCCGAUGGGGCAGUGUGUGUGAUGACCAAUGGGACAUGAAGGACGCCAAGGUGGUGUGCAAGCAGGUGGGCUGUGGGUCACCGCUGUCGGCGCCGGGAGAUGCUCGCUAUGGUCGAGGACCAGACAUCAUCUGGCUGGACGAUGUUGAAUGCGAUGGGACAGAAGAGAGCAUCUCUGACUGUCAGGCUAGGCCAUGGGGUGAACACAACUGCUAUCACGGAGAGGAUGCUAGUGUUGUUUGUGCAGUUAACAAGAACCUGGAGGAGUCAGAAGCAUCAUAA